UGACGAAUGAGUGGAACAACAGGAGAUUGACCCUAGCUAAUCAGAUGUGGGCUGAUUAUCAAGCUAGGCAUGGACAAGCUUGAGUUUGCUUGAAUGUUGUACAUAUUUUCUUUUUGAGAUGGAUUCGAGCAAUGCUCCCACUAAGAAAGGUAGAAGUUACAUCAAGUGGACAGAUGCAAUGGACAAAGCUCUGUUGGAUGUGUUUGUGGAAUACUUCAACAAAGGAGAUCGAGCUCAGAAUGGGUGGAAACCCCAUGUAUACACAGCUGCAGUUAAGAAAGUGAUGGAGAAAUGCACAGUCGAGCUUACCAAGGAUAACAUCAUUGCUAGGAGCAAAACUUUUGACAAGCAUUAUGUCAUUGUCAACAAUAUGCUUAGCCAGAGUGGAUUUGGUUGGGACGAUGACAAGAACAUGAUAUCCGUUGAAGAUGAUGUUUGGAACAACUAUGCCAAGGCCAACAAAGAUGCAGCCUCGUAUAGGUACAAGGUCAUCAAGUAUUGGGACAUGAUCAGUACACUUUACAACAGAGACCGUGCUACGGGCGAGGGUGCAAGGACAGCAAAUGAGAGCGCGGCUGAAAUGGCGGAGGAGAUAGCUAACACCACCGCAACCAAUAAAGAUGCCAACUCCUCAACUAAGGAUGACGAAGAUCGUCCAAAGAAGAGGUACCGUUCCGAUGACUCGAUUGCAACAAUGCUUGGAGAUAAAUUGGACAAUUUUACUCGCUGUGUUCAAAGCCGAUGCUCUGAGCCGCCACCAAAGCCGGCAAGUCCUGAAGAAAUCUGGGCUCUCCUUGGUGGAAUACCAGAACUAGAAGAUGAUCAGCUCUUGGCAAUAUACGAUGUUCUAGUUGCCGAUGAUCGCAAGUUCAAGUCUCUAUUGGAACCAUACUCUUGCAAGACAUGGGUAUGGGUUGAUCUCGUCGCCGAUUAUGUGGAGAAGAUGGUCAAGUUCAGAACAACAAUUCUUCAGGCGAAACACGGACAGGAGUUGGCGGCCAUACGAGAAGAGCUUGAUCAGAAGGCCCAGGCUCUCAGAAGAAUGCAGACAGAGUUAGAUGACCAAGGCCUAGCCCGACAGAUAGAGAUUAGUGAGUUGCAGUCACAGAUCAACUCACUAAGCUCAUCUGCCUCAAAGUUCAGGAAGCUCCGCAUGGUGAUGACUGUGUUUGUUGCCAUGUGCUGGUUAUUAGCCCCUGGUUCAAUCAUGGUUACACUUGCUGCCACUGCCAUAGCAGCUCUGAUGUCUAAUGUAACCAAGGUGUACUUCUGA